CUACGAUAGUUUGCUGUAUCGAUCAAGAUGGCGGCUUAAUUCGUUGCUAACAUAAACAACUCCGCCAUUCUCCAGUCACAAAUAUGGUGAAACAUAAAGUCACGGUAAAUUUUGGCCCUUAUAUGUCGUGUGGAAUAUUAGAGCAUCGAACUGCCAGAUUGGAGGGACUUCAAGCACUUUUGAGAAGUGAGGGUCACACAGUAGAAUUUAUGAAGACACCAGAUAGGGACGAUGUUGAGUUGGUGGUUCAUGGAGAAAUAAUUUAUCGCUGCAAAAUUCAGGAUCUGCAAUACGGAGGUGAUGGAAAACUGGAUCCAAUAUGUAAAGAAGCCCUUGCAGCUGUAAACAAAGCUUAUUGACUAAUAUUUUGUAAAAAAAAAAAAAUGCAUGCUUAGCAUUUUCUGUAGUUUUAAAGUGUCAGAAAAAAUAAAUGGACAAAAAAAAUUAAAAAAAAUAUAACAAUUACUAUUUUCAUACUACGUUAAGCCCAAGCAUUAUCUACAGAAGAAAUGUUCAUUUGUCAAAUUCCAGUUAUUAUGUAUGGAGAGUUCAAGGUUGAAUAAGAUAUAUACCCAGCAUUAUUUCACAGCAGUGCAUCAAAGAAAGGACAGUAAAGCCUGGUUCACACUAGUGACAUAACAGAACAACAUCAACAUGACGACAUAAGGAAAAGAUCAGUUUUAUCUUUAUGUCGUAAUCUUCGUGCUGUUGUUGCUAAUGUCAUUAUGUCUACAUGUUCACACUUGUCUACAAACAUGACGUCCUUUUUAUGUUAAUUGAGAUAACCUUUUUAUGUUGUUCGUGACGAUGUUAUGUUGCUAGUGUGAACCAGGCUUGAGAGAUUGUACAAAGAAGUUUCCUCAAGUACUUAUUAAUAGAAAAUUAAAAAAAAAAAAACAUUAA